GAUCAUCGAUUGCAUCCCGUUGAUUGAAGCGGCAACCAAGCAGAAGGAGGAGGGCAACAGCGCCGUGAAGCGAAAGGCCUACUCCGAGGCCGUGACCUCCUACACCCAUGGCAUCAGCAUCCUGGACAAGGCAGAUGGCCAUCCUGUUCUUCGGACAGAGGGGCAGCAGAUGGUUGAACUGAAGGCAGUUCUCUACAGCAACAUUGCGCAGUGCUUUCUCAGCCAAGAGCUUUACCGUCGAGCCAUCGAAUCUGCAGAUUCCUGCUUGCAGCUGGACCCGUCGAAUGCCAAGGCCCUGAAUCGCCGGAGUCUAGCUUUCGAAGCGAUCCGGUCCUACGCUCCAGCUCUUGAGGACGUCCUGGCCCUUCAACAGCUUGGGGGUGGGGGCCUCUCUGCUGAGAGCCUGGCGGAACGCGCAGCGGCUCUGAGAGCGAAGCAGGAGGAGGUGGAGAGGGCCAUCAAAGAGGAGGCAGACUUCAAGGCAGAUGAUCCCAUAGGCAUGGCGAUGGUGAAUGCCAAGGAGCGGUUUGACGAGGUCGUGGAGAAGUACGACCUCCGUGAUGGGGAGGCUGCCGGCGAGGUGGCAGACUGGUUGACCUCCGGCGAGUGGGACGUCACUCCCAAGCGCAUUGCGCAGCGCUUCAAGAUGGAGGAAGAGGCCGUAAACCCUAGGGCUCUUCGUUUAGGGUUUAGGGUUUAG